GUUGUUGUCAUGUCCGUGGGAGUUUGUGUGUGUGUUUGUGUGUGCGCGUGAGAGAGAGAGAGCGAAAGGAACAGAGAUAGGUGACUGCGUCUCGACUAUAGCGUUAACGUUGGCGGCAUCAGGCUUACUAGACUAGGAAAGGAAGCUCUCACAGGUGCGAGCACAAUGCCGAAGGGGAAAGCGCUUGGCAACGGAGAGAGGAGAAGGAACGUCAAGAGCGGGCGAAGGAAGAAAGAUGUAGAGGGAGCGGAGACGGAGGAAGCAGACGAUAUCUCUGUCCACUCUGGUGGAGAGCAAGAAGAAGAUGGUGAGAGCAACGGAGGUGGUCGCAGUAAGAAGGGAAAGAGCAGCAGCAGAAGAAAGAGGAGAGAUGAAGAUGAGCGAGCGAAAGCAGAGGACGAGGAAGUGAGACAGGAGGAAAGCACCGAGGGAGCUUGCAAGGACCAUUUUUUUGGCGGCAAGAGCCUGUAUGAGGUUUUGGGUGUGGAUAAGACAGCAACUCUGGCGCAGAUCAGGAAGCAGUACCACCGCAUGGCAUUGCGGCUGCAUCCUGACAAGAAUCCGGGCGACGAGAGCGCAAAGCAGAACUUCCAAACGCUCCAAAAAGUGUUCUCAAUCCUCGGGGACGAGGAGAAGAGGAAAAUUUAUGACGAGACAGGGAGUACUGAUGAUGCCGAGCUCUCUGGGGAGAAGUUCAGCAACCUGUACGAGUACUACCGUACAGUGUACCGCAAGGUAACGGAAGAUGACAUUGUUGCGUUUGAGAGGUCGUUUCGGGGAUCGGAUGAAGAGGCCGCAGAGGUUAAGGGGUGUUACGUGAGGUUCGAUGGGGACAUGGAGAAGGCCUUCCUGUACAUCAUAUGCUCGAGAGAAGAGCUCGAUUCCCACAGGUUCAAAGAGAUUAUAGAUGCAGCGAUUGCUGCAGGGGAAUUGAAAUCCUACCCGCGGUAUCAGCGAUGGGCGAAGCAGGUGGACAUGAAACCGCCUCCGAAGGAUCCCCUGGGUGCUGCAGAGGCAUCGAAGAAGGGGCGCGCAAAGGGGAAGGCGAAGGCGAAGGAGGAGGAAGAUUCGGGAGCCCUGGUUGCGAUGAUUCAGAGUCGGGGGAAAGACAGGGAGAAGUCACUCUUGGAGAUGCUCGAGAAGAAGUAUGGAGUUGCUGGGGGUCCAGGGAGGAAAGGUAAGGGAAAGGGGCCGAAUGACCGUAAUGGUGGUGGUGCCUUGAGCAAGAGGGGGAGGGAGGCGGGUGAUGAGGAGCCCACAGAAGAGGAGUUUCUCAAGGCAAGAGCACGAGUUCUUGGGAAGGCAUCGGCGUCGGCGGCAGCUGAGGAAGAGAAUCAGAGUGCUGGGAAGAAACCAAAAAGGCGCAAGAAGAAUUGAGUUUCCUCGUCGUGUCCAUGUGUCCAUCCAUCCAUAUUGAAUCGCCGAAGAGAGGAGGAUUAAAUUUUGCUAGAGUAGACGACGAUGUUUGCAACAAGACCUUAGUGCGUUUCCGGUUUUGGAAGCAAUACUUGCACGUGACGCGCGCAGGAGGGUAAUCGUGUUGGGUGUGGAAUAGGGUGAAAGCAAUUUGCCUGCUCCAGGGUAGAUGCAACGUUAGGAUCCGUGGUCAAGCCAGGGAUUCUUUCUCGUUCUUGAAUAGCGCUACCUUUGCUGUUCCAAUUUUUCUGAGUACUUCGGUGGCUAUUCGAUCUUUUGUAUUGUAAUAAUAUUAUUAACAACUAGUUAGUCUGUAGCUCUAAGUCAG